CAAAAAAAUGGCGCCUAUUUCGCUUAAAGAUCCAAACAUACAGGCACUUGCCGAAGAGUUGGUAAAAGAGCUGACCAGUUUUAAGAGAUCUUCAAGAAAUUUUACUCUCUCUGUCCAGUUCGUCUUAUCUAACUUUCGGUACCACCAGUUUUUGGAUGUCAAUAGCCAAAAAGUGGAAAGGAAUAUUGAUGGUGUUUGCCAGAAGCUGAAAGUUCAUUCUCAGUUGGAGAAGGCAGAAAUUUUGAGAGAUUUAUGUAACAAGUUUCUGAACUUGCCUUUAACUACACAGUCCCAGGAAUUGAUAAAGACAGAUGCCCAUUAUUCUCUCAUCCUGUUAUUGUUAACUCUUGCUGAUUCUCCAACUAAUGUCGAUUACGAGCCACCUCAAUCUCAACAAUCUUCAGAAGAGGAGUGGUUUGACUGGAAAAGUUAUUUACUUGAUGGAGAAGAAGAAGAAAUUCUUGGCCUGCCUGUUCAGUAUGAUCAGGAUUGGUCGGAUGAAGAGGAUGAGGACUUGGAUGUGAUCAGUGAUUCUGGGAUCAGCGUUGUUGAGAGGCAAUUGGCUGACAAUGAAGAAGAAUCUCAGAGAAGUGUAGAGCACAAUGUCAGUGAUAGAGAAGGGAUCAUAAGCCCCAGGGAUGGCAGGGAAGGAAGCUGGAUUUCAGAUCAAAUAGUUCCUCAAUAUUGGGAGAACACAUCCAACAAUUUCACUCACACAAACACAUCAGAAUGGAAUUGUUCCAUAGCAGAGUCAUGGGAUAGCUAUCAAAGUGGACGCAAUCCAUUUUAUCACAGCAAUUGUAACAAGACACUCACAGAGACUCAGAUUGUGAGGGAGACCUUGUGGAUGCUUGCUGGAGCACAAAACACAUUUGUGUACAGACAUAGGCAGUAUGGCAGAAUAACUGUCCAAGGUGGAAUACAGGUUCUUCACCUCACUCCAGAAUCUCUGUCCAGUUUGUUGUCAUCGUUUGCUUUGGCUGGAGAGGAGAGUCUGUUUUUACAGAAGUUCAUCUUGUCGGUUGUUGAUCCACAAAGCAAGCCAACACAGACAUUACAAGCAUUUGUAAAUUCACUGUCUGGUUACUUUAAGGAAUUCAAAUCACUUCUUUCUUCCCUGGAAAAAGACAUCAUCAAACAGGAAGAGUCCAUUUCAUUAUUCCUGCUUCAAAACAAACUAAGGACAAAACUAGAAGAGAUAUCUUCCUUGUAUAAUAUAUAUCGAGCUGCAAUUUUAAACACAGAAGGAAUGAAUACUGCCAAGAAAACUUGCAGGCUGCUGACAACAUUGUACAGAAAUAUCAUUCAGGCUGAUGGACUUGGAAGUGCGGCAAAAUGGAAGGUCAACUUGUUUUUGAAAAUUUUUCUUCAAACUGUUGAGCCAUGUCUUCGGUUUAUUGACCAGUGGGUGACAUCAGGUCAUGUUCAUGAUCCACAUGAUGAGUUUUUUAUUGAAAGAGUUCAAUCCAUUGCUGUGGACAGUGAGUCCUUUUGGUCAGAUGGUGUGGUCCUAAGGUGUGCCAAUCAACCGCUGGACAGUGUUGUGCCUUGUUUUUUACAAGAUUUUGUCGAUCAGAUAUUCCGUGCUGGAAAGUCUGUGGAGUUAAUUGAAGGCCUUGGAAAGAUUGGUAAACUUCACUCUUUUCAAACUAGAGGGCCUUUGCACCAAGAGUUUUUGGAUAAAUUGUUGACUACUUUAUCAGAUAUCUCUAAAGCAUCAAAUGAAGAAGAUGGUUCAGCUGUUGAUGAAAUGAGUCUCUUGAAUACCAUAACAGAUUCUAACCAAAUCAUGUCGGUUAUUGAAGAUACUGGUGACCAUGUUCUGAAGCUUGCAUUUGUGGAAACAGAAGCACCAGUUGAUCAGAGAUAUUCCUUGCAAAAAAGCUCUACUGCAGAAAAACUGGACAGGAUUUGUUCAGGUGUUUGCAAAUUGCUCAAACCGGUGGAGCUGUUGCUUUCAGAAUGCCUAACACCUCUGCUUGAAGAUUGCUGUACACAGGGAAGCUGUUUUGUCAUUCACUUGUUGAAAACAGAUUAUUGUCUUUUGGAUCAUUUAGCUGCUAUGAGGAAUUUCUUUCUCUUGGAGGCUGGUGACGCAAUGCAUCAAUUUUACAUUGAGAUAUUUAAUAAGGCAAGGCAUCGUGUAACGUGGCAGGACAUUUCAUUCUUGAAUAGUUUAAUACAAGAAGCUCUACAACCUCGCUUUCCAGAUGCUGUUGAAAGGCUGGUUGUCGGUUUUUCAUCAAAUGGUGCAUCAAGCAGGAAGCAGUUGGGUGCAUCACUUCAAGGACUGACUUUAAACUACAGGGCACCAUGGCCAGUCAGUAUCAUAAUUGACAGUUCCUGUCAGAAGCUCUACAAUCUUGUGUUUUUGUUUCUCUUAAAACUGAAACAAGCCAAGUGGAGCCUGGAUGAGCUUAGAUUUUCAGACCUCAGAGGCAACAAAUGUCAAAUGAAGACUGAUGACACUGAUGAUGAGAAUGAAACAGAGGAUGAUGGGGAGACAUCUGAAUCAGGCUCAGGGUCACCUCCUGAUCAGAAAUUGCAGCAUAAAAUGUGUGUGUUCAGGUUCAAAUUAAUGCAGUUUAUCAACUGUAUUCACAACCACUUUAUGACACGAAUCUUACAUUCAACUGUGCUAGAAUUCCAAGAAGCAUUAGAUCAGGCAGAGGAUUUAGAUGAUCUUAUCAAGGCUCAUUCCUCUUAUGUUGAGAAACUCUAUGAUCGCUGUUUGCUGAGUCAGAAGGUUGGUUAUCUGCGUGAAGUUAUUCUCAAGGUCCUCAACCUAGUCCUGUUAUUCCAAACAUAUUGGGAUAUGGGCACCGAACUCAUCAAUGAAGUGAAAUUCAAGAAAAUUGAAGAGGAAUUUACCAAGUGUAACACAUUCCUUGUUUCAUGUUUGGGAAAUAUUGCAAAACGAGGAGCUUUUCCACACUUGGAGUCACUAGCAUUUGCCUUAGGAUCAUCUUCAACUCAUGCUCCCAAGGCUUAAUUAGUUGGUGUGCAUUGAAGUAUCAAGAAUUAUGCUGUCACCACAUGGUUCCUGAACAAAUGUAGAAUAAACUCAGUUUAUUUUUAUAUGUGGGGAGGUUUGUACAUUAUGGAAUUAAAUGAAUCUCAAGAUUUA